UGCUCUGGCCGCCUUCUGCUUCGGGAACAGGAGCACCGUCCAAUCCCACAAGAUGGCUUGCUACGACCUGUGCCCGCCAAAAACCAGCGUCGCCGUCCCCCAGCCCAUCGCUGAGAGCUGCAACGAGCUGUGCGCGCGGCAGUGCCCCGACUCGACGGCCUUCAUCCAGCCGCCCCCCGUCGUCGUCACCUUCCCCGGCCCCAUCCUCAGCUCCUUCCCCCAGCAAGCCGUGGUGGGCUCCUCCGGGGCACCCGCCUUUGGGGGCUCCUUGGGGCUGGGGGGCCUCUACCGCGCGGGGGCCACCCAGGGCUCGGGGGGCCUCUGCACCUUUGGCAGGCCCUACGCCUCUCCCGCCUGCAGCCCCUACCUCUUGCCGCGCUACAGCAAGAAGCUGUGGGACACCUGUGGGCCCUGCUAAAGCCAGGCCCUGCCCCACAGCCCCUGCCAGCUGCCCCGACGCAUGGCUGACCUCGUGGGCACGGGGUGCUGAGGAGCGCUGAGCAUCUGCAGCCCCGGCCAAGGCCUGGGCAAUGGCAGUGCUGGCCCCUUUGGCCUCUCCCGCCCUCUGCUGCUCCUCCUUCCUCCACAGCCAGGGCCUUGUGCCCGGUUUGCCCUCUGCUCUCCCCCUCUCCCUUCCCCCUUCCUGCUCUCUGCGGCAAGAGCAGGACCCUUCAAGGCCUGUGGGGCCCAUGGGCCAAGUCCUCCCGAGCCGCACUGCCGCACCACCGGGGCUUGCGCAACCAGAAGCCACGCUCUGGAAAAGAUCCUCCGCCCCCCCGACACGCCGCAGCCAGCCUCGCUGGCUCCUGCCCUGCUCUCUGUCCACUUCUCCUGCCGUGCUGGGCACAAUAAAGGUUUCCUGCAUCCA